AUGCAGACCAUAAAAUGUGUUGUUGUCGGUGAUGGUGCUGUCGGAAAAACAUGCCUUUUGAUCUCAUAUACUACAAACAAAUUCCCGUCAGAAUAUGUCCCUACAGUUUUUGACAAUUAUGCUGUCACUGUAAUGAUUGGUGAUGAACCAUAUACAUUAGGCCUUUUCGACACAGCCGGACAAGAAGAUUACGAUCGACUACGUCCACUUUCAUAUCCUCAAACAGAUGUUUUCCUUGUCUGCUUUUCCGUCACUAGUCCUUCAUCUUUUGAAAACGUGAAGGAAAAGUGGCUGCCUGAGGUCCGCCACCAUUGCCCAGGCGUCCCAUGUCUUAUUGUUGGUACUCAAAUUGAUUUGCGAAACGACCCUAAUGUGGUUGACAAGCUUUCACGGCAACGUCUUCGACCCAUCACAACGGAAAAUGGCGAAAAACUGGCAAAGGAAAUGGGUGCAGUCAAAUAUGUCGAAUGCUCAGCCCUUACUCAGCGAGGCCUCAAAAACGUCUUUGAUGAGGCCAUUGUUGCAGCCUUAGAACCUCCUGUCAUUAAGAAGAGCAAGCGAUGCAUUCUUCUAUAA